AUGGCUGCAGAAGAGCCGGCAAGCACCGUGGCGCGAGAUCAGCUACGCCGAGCUUUUCGUGACAAAACCAGAACCUUCAACAAAAGCACCAUUCGUCGCACCGUAUGGUUCCUCAACAACGCGGCCAGGGAGACAGGCACGGAGCAUAAGAUCGUCAAGAGCCUUCUCUUCACUCAGUGGUGCAGGGAAAAGAACCGUCGCCUCCCCUGGAAGCACAUCACGGAUCCCAGCUACAAGAAGAAAGAGGACUUGAUCAAAGAUACAGCAUAUGUCCACUAUGAGCACACCAUUGCCAUGCUUAACAAGACGAUGGGCUUGUGUCUGCCUCUCCGCUGA